AAGAAGAUGAUAUAUAGUAUUUAACAAGACAAUAGAACAGUGGCAUAUGUCAAUGAAGAUGCUCAUUUUAAUGUACAAAUUCAAGUGGAGGAAAACGAAGAGGACACCGAGGAAAGCUCAAAUCCAGCACCGUGCAACCUCUGGUUUUCCCAUCAAAAUGAUCAUGAGAGGCGAGGAAGAUAAGCUACCCAGAAGAGAGAGCCUGAGACCAAAGAGGAAGCGGACCAGAGAUGUUAUCAGAGAGGACGACCCAGAACCUGAGCCAGAGGAUGAGGAAACAAGAAAGGCAAGAGAAAAAGAAAGGAGGCGGCGGCUGAGAAGAGGAGUAGAAGAGGAAGAGAUUGAUGAGGAGGAAUUGGAGAGACUGAAAGCAGAGUUAGAUGAGAAUAGACAAAUGAUUGCUACUGUUAAAUGCAAACCUUGGAAGAUGGAGAAGAAAAUGGAAGUUCUCAAGGAAGCAAAAAAAUUUGUGAGUGAAAAUGAAGGAGCUCUUGGGAAAGGAAAAGGAAAACAGUGGUUUGCAUUUAAGAUGAUGAUGGCCAAGAAAUGGGCAAAAUUCCUCCGUGAUUUUGAGAACUUCAAAGCUGCUUGUGUCCCAUGGGAAAAUAAAAUCAAGGCAAUUGAAAGUCAGUUUGGCUCCUCUGUGGCCUCAUAUUUUCUCUUCCUGAGAUGGAUGUAUGGAGUAAAUAUGGUUCUGUUCAUCCUGACGUUCAGCCUCAUCAUGCUUCCAGAGGAAGUGAAGGGCUCUACUAUUUCUGUGAAGUUACACAACUGUGCAGUGGAUGAAGCAAAGUACCUCUGGGGUUUGCCAUAUGGCAGUUUACCUAGGAAAACAGUUCCGAGAGCAGAAGAGGCAUCUGCAGCCAACUUUGGUGUGUUGUACGACUUUAAUGGCUUGGCACAAUAUUCCGUCCUCUUUUAUGGCUAUUACGACAAUAAACGAACGAUUGGAUGGCUGAAUUUCAGGUUGCCGCUCUCCUAUUUUCUGGUGGGAAUUAUGUGCAUUGGAUACAGUUUUGUGGUUGUCCUCAAAGCGAUGACCAAAAAUAUUGGUGAUGAUGGAGGUGGUGAUGACAACACUUUCAACUUUAGCUGGAAGGUGUUCUGCAGCUGGGACUACCUGAUUGGCAACCCAGAAACAGCUGACAAUAAAUUUAAUUCCAUCACGAUGAACUUUAAGGAAGCUAUCAUUGAAGAAAGAGCAGCUCAAGUAGAAGAAAAUGUCCACUUGAUCAGAUUCCUGAGGUUUCUUGCCAACUUCUUCGUGUUUCUCACACUUGGUGCAAGUGGAUACCUCAUCUUUUGGGCUGUGAAGCGAUCCCAGGAAUUUGCGCAACAAGAUCCUGACACCCUUGGGUGGUGGGAAAAGAAUGAAAUGAACAUGGUUAUGUCCCUCCUGGGGAUGUUUUGUCCAACACUGUUUGACUUAUUUGCUGAAUUGGAAGACUAUCAUCCUCUCAUCGCUCUGAAAUGGCUACUGGGACGCAUUUUUGCUCUUCUUUUAGGCAACUUGUAUGUAUUUAUUCUUGCCUUGAUGGAUGAGAUUAACAACAAGAUUGAAGAGGAGAAGCUUGUGAAGGCCAAUAUUACCCUGUGGGAAGCCAACAUGAUCAAAGUCUACAAUGCAUCCCUCUCUGGCAAUACCACUGGGCCACCCUUUUUUGUUCAUCCUGCAGAUGUUCCUCGAGGACCUUGCUGGGAAACAAUGGUGGGACAGGAAUUUGUGCGGCUGACUGUUUCUGAUGUUCUGACGACGUAUGUCACGAUCCUCAUCGGUGACUUUCUCAGGGCGUGUUUUGUAAGGUUUUGCAAUUAUUGCUGGUGCUGGGAUUUGGAAUAUGGUUAUCCUUCAUACACCGAAUUUGAUAUCAGUGGCAAUGUCCUCGCGUUGAUCUUCAACCAAGGAAUGAUCUGGAUGGGCUCCUUCUUCGCUCCUAGCCUCCCAGGCAUCAAUAUUCUUCGACUGCACACAUCCAUGUACUUCCAGUGCUGGGCCGUGAUGUGUUGCAAUGUUCCUGAGGCCAGGGUCUUCAAAGCUUCCAGAUCAAAUAAUUUCUACCUGGGCAUGCUGCUGCUCAUCCUCUUCCUGUCCACCAUGCCUGUCCUGUACAUGAUCGUGUCCCUCCCACCAUCUUUUGAUUGUGGUCCCUUCAGUGGCAAAAACAGAAUGUUUGAAGUCAUCGGUGAGACUUUGGAGAAUGACUUCCCAAGCUGGAUCGCGAAGAUUUUAAGACAGCUCUCUAACCCCGGGCUGGUCAUUGCUGUCAUUUUGGUGAUGGCGUUGACCAUCUAUUAUCUUAAUGCUACUGCCAAGGGCCAGAAGGCAGCAAAUCUGGAUCUAAAAAAGAAGAUGAAAAUGCAAGCUUUGGAGAACAAAAUGCGAAACCAGAAGAUGGCAGCUGCACGAGCAGCUGCAGCUGGUGGACAGUAGCAUUCACAGAUGUUCUGGAGGCCCAGAGGUACUCGUUCCCUUCCGGGUUUACAGUAACACCCAAUGUGAAAUCUCAGAGAACAAGCUUUGGGGACUGCUGUCCUCCUAUACUACCCCGGAUGGAUUAUCAGCGUUGUGCUUAUCAAUUAAGGCAUUGUCAGUCCUCCCGGGGCAAGAAAAAUCUCCAUCUUCCUCCAAAUUAAAGAUUGGUUCUUGCACUCCCAUUUUCUCCCCUGUCCUAUUUCCCUGACAUUUUCCCUAGCAAGUUGAGUUUAAAAGUGGUUGUAAUCCAGUGAUAUAAGAUAAUGGACAUAACAGGCGAGUUAAUUUUUAAAGAAUUUACUUAUAUAGACUUUCACUCCAUAUGUUUGUUUUAUUUUAGUUUUCUUGGAUUGGGAAUAGGAAUAUAUCACCCAUUUCGUAUAAAUUCAGAAAUAUUUGCAUGAAAUACUCAUAAUCAUUCAUUAACUUACUUUUUUUCUGGGUCCCCAUUCAUGGCCCUCACAAAUAUAUAGAUCUGAGAUAUUUUUAUUGGCCACUGGAUUCAUUAUGAAAAAGAAUAGACUUUUAAAAUGAAAAAUUUUAUGAAAGUUUAAGCCAAGUGUUGGCUUAAAUGUGUUUGAGGGAGUAUAUGGAUCUUAGACUACUGGUAGAUUCUUCAUGAGUCUACAAAUGAAAAAGAGAAAGAAAGAAAGAAAGAAAAAAGAAAGAAAGAAAGAAAGAAAGAAAGAAAGAAAGAAAGAAAGAAAGAAAGAAAGAAAAGAAGCUGCGACUGCUGUCCUAUCACAGACUAUUCUUUUGGCCUCCAAUGAUUAUAUUUCCUGAGUUUAAGUUCCAGUAGUCUAAUUUAUCUUUGCUUUUUUUGUUAUUGUUAAGGAUAGGAAGACACUCUUUUAUUGGGAUCUUUAGCUUACAGAUUUGUUUAAGCACUGUUAAAAUUUGGGCUGACUUUGACUAGUAGCACCCAGUGCCCUCCUAGUCUUGUGUUGUGACUUCCGCUGCAUUUCAUAACUCACCAUGGCCCUUUCCGGAAUAAGGCCAAUUUGCCUGCCAUUCCCAGCAAUUGACCUUCUGAUUUUUAUCUUCAAUGUCUCCUUUUCACUCUUACUGGCAAUAGAAUAACAAAACUCUCCCCCUGCCAAUUCUAGAUUUAUUUUCUCUAGUUACCUUGUCCAGAUUAAUGUCUCUUCUUAAUCUCAUCACUCACUGCCCUGGACUUUUAAGUCUUUAAUUGAGAGUGCAUUGUUUUUAUUGAUUUUAAUGAAGUUUGUAAAGCUUCUUUAUUUAUGUUUCUUCAUGCACGGCUUUUCUUUCCUACCCAGAUUGUGAGCUCCUUAUGAGCAGUGAUCACAUCUUCUAAUUCUUUUAUGUGCCUAGUAUAGUGCUAUGCACAGGUAGGUGAUGAAUAAGUGCUUGUUAAUUAAAUUGAAUCAAUUUAAGUUACAGCAGUUGUGUUAUGAAGCAAAAACUUCUGUUAUCUGAAUGAAAAAAUGUUACCAUGAUGUAAAAAAUGG